AUGGGUGGCAUGUGGUUGCGCCACCUGACGCACCUCGAACUCCCGUUCCUGCUGCCCUCGGAAAUGAGCCUCAUGGUCCAAGCGCUCGUCGAGAGCCCACUGGUGUCGCUGCACAUGCGUGGCUGGGAUGUGACGAGAUACACGGCAGGCCAUCCGGGUGCGCCGCACUUUCUCGAAUAUGAUCUCCCGCGCCUCGACCAGCUCACGACCUUGCGCUUGACCAACGUCCGUCUCACGACGACCCACUGCCUCACGCUCGCGCUUCUUGUACCACGCUACAAUCAUCUCGGUCUCACGUCCAACAGGAUGGGCGACGCUGGUGUGCUUGCGCUCGCACGUCCUUCGUACACGCGUCGCACGCUCAAGACACUCACGCUGGUCAACCAAGGCUUUGGCGACGUUGGCGCGUCGGCGCUCGCAACUGCUCUGGUGCACACACCGCGCCUUCGCACGCUGGACCUCGGCCGCAACGAUAUCAAAAUCAGUGGUAUCAUGGCGCUGAGUGGUCUCUUGCCACAUCUCCCGCGGCUCGCGACCUGGCGCUUGUGCAACAACCCGCUGGGCGCCAAGGGCCUUGUGUUUCUUCUGCGAGCGUGGACGUACGCGGUGCCACGGUCGCUCUGGACGCCAGCAGUUGUGGCCUUUCGGGAUGUGAGCACCGCGCCGUCUCUCGGCGCGGACUGGCCGGACAUUGUGUUGAACGACAUACAGUUGCCGCCUUCGAUCAUGGCGCUGCUGGCGGCGACGCUGCCGCUGCGUCCACGCAUUCAACUCCGGUGUCCGAUCCGACAGGCCGCGCCACUGGCCUCGCUCGUCGCCGCCGCCGGUCCAUCGCUCAGCAACGUCGACAUCGAUUUCAACAAAGACGCCAUGUUCAAGGCCGAGGCCAAGCGAUGA